AAACAGAGGCUAAUAUAAGAAGGCGUUCAGCGACGAGGUACAGUUGGUCCAAUACGUAUCUGAUGAUAUCACAUGAAGGAGCACUGGCCUUGAAGAACGUGAAUGGAGGCACUUCUACAAUGUCAGGUACGCAGUGUACACCAGGUCUUAGAUUCCGCAUAGCUCACAAGGACGAGCACUUGUCUCGGACCAUGUGAGGGAGAGAGAGAGAGGGAGAGAGAGAGAGAGAGAGAGACGCCACUGUGGCUCGGCUCGGCACGCAUCGUUACAUUCUCAGAGAGUCUCAGAGAGAGGAGAUAUUGCAGGGCACAUGAGAAAGCUUUCUCCAAAUGCAGCAGCAUCGUAUUUAAUACGAUGAUGACUUCUCAGAUUGUGCCUGCAGCAGCAGCAGCUGGUGCUGGUGGUGGUGGUACACGAAGGAAGGAAGGAAGGAUGGAUGGAGAGGUAUGUUGAACUGGCGACACCAUGUUGGACGUUUGUAGAGCACAAGGUGUGCUGGACAUGGCUAAAGAUAGACCUUCGUGCUCUUUACAGUUUCCUUCUUGUGAAGGCGACACCCUCGAGCUCGCUCACCAUGUCAGGGCAUGAACUGAGGCUGCGAACUCAGGAGGAGGCCUGACAUGGUGGACGCUCUCGGUGAGACACAUUACUGCCAUGCCGACUGUACACUUUGCCAUUGAUUGCCUAGGAAGUACGAGAUUCACUGUUCGCUCUUUACUGUAUUGUUUUGCGCGCAUUACUACGACGUUUACUCGCUGCACCUUUCCGAUCCACUGCGGUGAGUCAUCCACUGCUCGGUGGAUGAGGUAUCCCAUGCAGGCCCUGAUUCCUGAUCGUACUGUCGCCAUUCGGUUCGAGCCACAGCGCAGGCAGGCAUGUUAGCGGUAUAAAUAAUUGUACUUUCGAGUGUAUCACAGGACGACGAGCCUACAUGUUUCAGUGCAGCUGAUUGUAGUUGUGCAGUAAGCACGUGGUGUACCGCGCUAAGCAAGAAUCAUACAAUACUAAACGGUAGCGCCAUCGUCGAUCAGAGCAUGAGUCACACGAAGAAGCAGAUCAGAUCAGUCUCACAGUUAUGUGGAUAGAGUUUCGCGAUAAUGAAUUUCGUAUGUGGAGAAUACUUACACCGUGGAGCAGUGAAGAAGGCAGUGAUAGUGAUAGUGGUAGUGACGAGCAUCUGGAACUGGAGGUUCUCAAAACAGCACGUGGUGGUGCUGCUGCUGCACAUCGGAAACACGGUAGGGCGAGUGAGUGAAUGGGCAUGGUCACAGCGUGUUCAAGUCGCCCACGAAUCCUGCGAGCAGAAGUUGUAGCAGCACGUGAUGGAGAGUUCCGAGGGAUUUUUCUUUCCAGGAAGUUGUGGCCCUCAGCUGGUUCCAUAAUAUCUCGUGCGCAGUUAUGCGCUUACCAAAAGAUGCCCGAGCCAAGUGCAAGCGAAGGGUGUUAUGAGUCCAGUAAACAAUAUUCCCCACAUCUUACAAGUUGUUGACUAAUAUUCUCUGGAAGGUACUGAAAAGGGCCCAAUUCUUCAACGAUGUUGGUCGUUUUACAUUCCCAAAUGCCCACCUUCAAAUUUUACAAGCCCCAGCUCGUAAGUUCUCAUUGAAGACCACCGGUGCCGAUCGAGGUUGUUAGUGGUGUUGCCCCUGUAGAGCAGCAGCAGCUGAUCUGGUCUGCUUGUACAAGUAGUUAUACGAACGAACUUAUGGACACCUGCAAACCUGCAUCCCUGAGGUGUAUCGAAGCUAGUUAAAGUGGAAAGUGCACAAGGUUACACGAGUGUAGACGUGUCGAGAGAUUUGGAAGUUGUUAGCUUGAAAGUGCGCAUGGUGACACGAGUGUGAGACGUAGAUUCAGGAGUCCCGUUGCGCAGCGCAGAGCAACUUGCUCGAGAGUUUGCUGGCGAUGGCGACCACAUGGGCCAGCAGUGGACAUCUGCUGCCCGCCAUGUUUAUGGCAGCAGAGCGGAUUUGCGCACGCUAAUCCACAUCUCCAAGCAUCCUCGGACUGUUAGAACCGCGGCUCCAUACGAGCUGAGAGAAGAGAUGAUGGUCGUACAGGCCACAGCAACCAUUUCAUGCCCAGAUGUGUGUGUGUCCAGAUCUGAGGACCCCGGAUUCGAGGCGAGCCCGAGUGUCCCCCGCCAGCCACUCACUCGAUCCGAAGAACCCCAUUAACACCUUUAACUCAAAGCGUGCGGUUUAGAACGCCUGAUCUCGAUUUAUAGCGCGAGACCUACUCACGC